CACCCCAGCCGGGCCGGGCUGCAGACCAGCGGCAGUGUCCUCACUGCGUCCCCACCACAUCCCUGUCCCCCCAGCCUUCCGUGGAGAUGAAGACUGUCAUCGUGGGCAUCGGAGGAGUAACGAAUGGCGGCAAGACGACCCUGACCAACCGGCUGAGCACGGCGCUGCCCAACUGCUGCGUGAUCCACCAGGAUGACUUCUUCAAGCCCCAGGACCAAAUAGCAGUUGGGGAGGACGGCUUCAAACAAUGGGACGUGCUGGAGUCGCUGGACAUGGCGGCCAUGCUGAGCACCGUGAAGGCCUGGCUGCAGAACCCCCAGAAAUUUGCCCGCGCUCACGGGGUCACCAUCCAGCCCGGCGCCUCUGACACCCACAUUUUGCUUCUGGAAGGAUUCUUGAUCUACAGCUACAAGCCUCUGUUGGACGUUUAUACCCGCCGGUACUUCCUGACUGUCCCCUAUGAGGAAUCCAAGCGGAGAAGAAGUACCCGCAAGUAUACAGUCCCCGAUCCCCCCGGCCUCUUUGAUGGACACGUGUGGCCCAUGUACCAGAAAUAUAAGCAGGAGAUGGAGGCGGACGGCGUGGAAGUGGUCCACUUGGAUGGCAUGAAAUCCCAAGGAGAGCUCCUCCUCCAAGUCCUGGAAGAUAUUCAGAACUCGCUCCUCAAUGGCUGCUAGCUGUGGCUGACCUGCCACACACGAUUCCAGCGAUGCAAUGGCCAGGCCUGUGGUGGCCUGGCCACACACUGACCAUUUUCCCCUUGGGGAAGUCUGUACAUAGAAAUGGGGGGUGCAGGGCCCUGGAGCCCAGCCCCAGCGUGCGUCUACACCUCCCCACACCUCAGUAUUAAUUAAACUCGGUCCUGUUUUUAUAA